AUGUAUCAAAUGGGCAUUCUCUUGCAAUAUAAUAAAGAUAUUUCAUAUACAUUUGAAGAGUUAAAGCUAAAAACAGAUCUAAAUGACUUAGUCUUAAAAGCUACCUUAGGAACCCUUAUUCAAGCCAAAGUACUCAAGUUAGUCAUUAGUGCAGAAGCUUUAUAUGAUACUAGCAAAAAAGUUCAUAUCAAUUUAAAAGUACUAUAUUUAAUUCAAUACGAACAGAAAGAAAAGAAAAUUCAAGAGGAAUUACAAAAAGGGUUGAUGAAGACAAUAAAAGAAAUUUUACAUGCCAUUAUUAAAAUUUUGAGAUGUAAUAAAACUAUGAAUAUUGCUGAUUUAGCCAAAGAAGCGAUUGAACGAGUUGAAAAGCUUUGUCAUUUCAAACCUACAUUAGCUGAUAUUAAAAAAUGCAUUGAUAUUUUGUUAGAAACAAAACAUAUUGAAUAUCAAGAAGGAGAAAAAAAU